GAAAGAACGCAUCACAUUUUGACAUAAGAAAAAUGGUUCUCCCUCAUGAAAGCAUCAAAACAUCAUCGAAGUGAAAGAAAUUUAUUGAAAAUUCUUUACCGCGCCAGCUUCCAUGGUCAAUUAGUUUAAAAUGAAGAAAAUAAAUGAACAGAAAUUACAAGCGUUCGACAUCGGGGCAAUGGGUAAAAGAGCAUUGUCCCGGCGCGAACAAGAGGAGCGCCGGAAGCGUGAGGAGGAAACGGCUGCUGCUCAUGUUUUCAAGGAAUUUGUCGAAACAUUCCAAGAGGCCCCGUCAAAUGUGUCCAAGGUCUGGGUUAAAGCUGGUGUUUAUGAUGCUGGCACACGGCGUGAAGACAAUCGAGACAAGGGAAAAUUGUACAAACCAACGGCUAAGGAGGAGAAAUCAUCUGCAGAGAGAGCACAGGAAUAUGCAAAACUCUUAUCGACCGACAAUAAAGCGUCGAAUUCAUCACAGAAAAAGAAAACCCAGGAAAAGAAGAAAAGUAACUUGGAACUGUUUAAGGAGGAGCUUCGGCAGAUCCAAGAAGAACGUGAAGAGAGAUACAAGUACAAAUCUAUAGCGAAAACCAUUCUACAGGCUCCCGAACCCGAUCUGUUAACGCCACGUGACAACGAGUUCGGAUCGAUGGAUAACGGAGAUCCGAAUACAACCAACAUUUACCUGGGCAAUUUGAAUCCGAAAAUAUCGGAACAACAACUAAUGGAGCUAUUCGGUCGAUAUGGUCCAUUGGCGAGCAUCAAAAUCAUGUGGCCACGGUCAGAAGAAGAGAAAUCUCGUGGUCGAAACUGUGGAUUCGUUGCGUACAUGAGUCGAGUGGAUGCGGAAAGAGCGUUGAAGAAUUUGAACGGUCGGGAUGUGAUGGGUUAUGAAAUGAAAUUGGGAUGGGGAAAAAGUGUUACCAUUCUGAAUCAUCCGAUAUUCAUACCACCAGCACUCGUUGAGCAUGUUAUGCCGCCACCUCCGUCUGGUCUGCCUUUCAAUGCUCAGCCACAAUUUAACGAUAUUUCAAAUUUUCCGCCGAAAGAGUAUUUCCUGAACUACAACACCGAUCCCGACAUUAAGCGGGACAUGGAAGAGAUUGCAUACAAAUGUAUCGUCAAGGUGAUGAUACCCACCGAGAGACCUCUGCUGGCACUUGUUCACCGAAUGAUAGAAUUUGUCGUGCGCGAAGGUCCGAUGUUUGAAGCAAUGAUAAUGAGACGUGAAAUCGAUAAUCCAAUUUUUCGGUUUCUCUUCGAAAAUGAGAGUCCAGCUCACAUCUAUUAUCGCUGGAAACUGUUUUCCCUACUCCAGGGUGACACUCCGACCGAGUGGCGACAGAAAGAAUUUCGAAUGUUUAAACGCGGUGCCAUCUGGAAACCACCAGCUCUUAAUUUCUACACACAAGGAAUGCCAGAAGAAUUAAUUUCGGACGAUGGUGCACCGGAAUGUAAUAAAGGCGCACUGUCAACAGCACAACGAGAUCGAUUAGAAGAUUUAAUUCGGCAUUUGACUCCCGAACGAUCAAAGAUUGGUGAUACGAUGAUAUUCUGCAUAGAACAUGCUGAAGCUGCCGAUGAAAUUUGCGAAUGUAUCGAGGAAUCGAUGUCAAACUUAGACACAUUAGUCAGCAAGAAAAUCGCUCGACUCUAUCUGAUUUCCGACAUUUUGCACAACUGCAGUGUUAAAGUAUCCAAUGCCAGCUUCUUCAGGAAAUCCAUGGAAAAUCACUUGGAACAAGUCUUCACACACCUUCGUGCAAGUUAUAUGGCUCUUGAAAGUCGUUUAAAAGCCGAGGGAUUCAAACUGCGAGUUUUACAAGUUUUCAAAGCUUGGGAGGACUGGACUGUAUACCCACGAGACUUUCUGACAAAAUUGAAGCAUAUUUUCCUUGGACUGUCACUGUCGAACGACAAACCGUCGGAUAUCGAUGGCAAUCCAAUUUCUGAUGACGAAAAAGAUGAUGAGGAUUUGGAUGGCAUACCGUUGGAUGGGGCGGCUUUAUUGAAAAGUGCAAUGAUUCGCGGUAUACCCGCAGAAAAUCGAAUGCGAGAGAUGGAACGAGAUAGCGAAGACGAUGACAUUGAUGGUGUACCAUUUGAUGAAGACAUUGAUGGCAUUCCGUUGGAAAAACUACAAUCUUCGUCGUCUGCUAAACCAGGCGGCGGAGGAUUCAUUCCAUCAAAAUGGGAAACUGUAGAUCCAGAUCAGAUUGAGGCUCAGGCAAUAACAACUAGCAAAUGGGAUACGUUAGACAAUUCCGCUCCGGAGCCACCUACUUUGUCAGAAGUCAGUACGGAUGGCAGUUUCGACAACGAUCCAAGAGACUUAGACGAAGAAAAACGAUCUCGCUUAAAGAAAAUUGAGACAAAAGUACUGCAAUACCAAGACGAACUGGAAUCAGGGUCACGUCAACUAAAGCCGGGCUGGACAAUUGACAAGCAAAUUCAACACUACAGAAGAAAGCUAACGAAACAAAUGAAGAAAUCCGAAUUCCAAAGAGACGAUACUGAGUCUCCCGACGAAAAGUACUAUCGGAGUAAAAGAAGUCCUAGUCCAUCCGACGUAUUGUCUUGCCGCAAAUCCAAGAAAUCCAAACGAUCACCAUCACCGCUUUACACAAAAUCGUCAAGAAGAAGAUCACGAGACUCAUUGUCGCCGACAAGAUCAUUCAAAUCCAAACGACCCCGCUCUCGAUCUUAUUCGCGGUCGCGAUCACCAAGCUAUCCAGACUCGCCGAGAAAAUAUGAAAAGCGAUCCGGUUACAGAUCCCCAUCGCCAGGGAAAUCAGCACGUCGUCUUUCGCAAGAGCGAGGUCGCAGCACACGUGAAAUACAAAUGUCGCCAGUUCGAUAUGCCAAAUCGCCAAGGCAUAGGUCUGACAAACAUCGUAAGCACAAAUACUGAAUUCAUUUUUUAAUUUUUAUUAAUUGUUGAGGAGAUGGAGAAGAUUUUUUUUAAAUAAAAACUAAAGAAUGCAAAUU